AUGGCAGGGCCUUUAGUUGGAGGUGCGUUUCUCUCAGCUUCUCUCCAAGUUCUAUUUGACAGGUUGGCUUCUCGCGAGGUUGUGAGCUUCAUCCGGGGGCAGAAGCUCAGCGAUGCGCUCCUGAAGAAGUUGGAAAGGAAGUUGCUGGUCGUCCAUGCAGUGCUUAACGAUGCUGAGGUCAAACAGUUUACAAAUCCAUAUGUGAAGAAGUGGCUGGUCUUGCUGAAAGAGGCCGUGUAUAAUGCGGAGGACAUAUUGGAUGAGAUCGCCACAGAGGCUUUGCGACACAAGGUGGAAGCUGCGGAGUCCCAAACCAGCACAAGUCAGGUGGGUAACAUCAUGGACAUGUCAACCUGGGUUCUCGCUCCAUUUGAUGGUCAGGGCAUAGAGUCUAGGGUGGAGGAGAUCAUUGAUAGACUAGAAGAUAUGGCACGAGACAGAGACGUCCUUGGGUUGAAAGAAGGUGAUGGCGAGAAACUGUCACAAAGGUGGCCUUCUACUUCUUUGGUAGAUGAAUCUCUUGUCUAUGGCAGGGAUCAAAUUAAGGAGGAGAUGGUUCAACUGUUGCUGUCCGAUAAUGCAAGGAGUACUGAUGCGAUGGGUGUGAUCUCCAUAGUCGGCAUGGGUGGCACGGGCAAAACCACACUUGCCCAGCUGCUCUACAAUGACCAAAGGGUGAAGGAACACUUCGAAAUCAGGGCAUGGGUUUGUGUUUCCGAAGAAUUUGAUCCUAUCAGAGUUACGAAAACAAUUCUCGAGGCGGUCAAUUCAUCCACGUCCAGUACCACUGAUCUAAAUCUACUUCAGGUUCAACUGAAGGAGAGAAUUAAUAUGAAGAAUUUUUUACUUGUCCUGGAUGAUGUUUGGAACGAAGACUCUUGUGACUGGGAUACGCUACGAACUCCACUCAUAGUCGGUGCAAAGGGAAGCAAGAUUAUUGUAACUACGCGAAGCACCAAUGUUGCAUCUGCCAUGCGUGCAGUCCAUACUCAUUGAAAAUGGAGACUCAAGUGGGCAUCCACAACUAGAAGAAAUCGGAGAAAAGAUU